AUGGGCACCUUGGACUUUGCCUUCCUUCGGUUUGAAGGCUCCUUUGAGCAAUGUGAAUUUUUUUUGAACCAGUUUGGAAACUGUUGUCAGAGUUCUCCUGAGCUGCAUCCAUUUUGUUGGACUCCUGGGGUGAAUGGCAGCUCUUUUGAGCAAGAUUGGAGUUCUGUUGGAUCCUUUGGGCAUCUGUCGCCCAAGCCUCAAGAUCCUCUGGUGAUAGAUGUGAAUGAGCACGAUCAUGAGCAUCAGGAGCACCUGCCCUGCCAACGCAUCUCCUACAGCAUCAUCCAAUUAACCUUCACCUUGUAUCAGAAGUCGGAGAGUUGGGCAAAAGACACCAACAUCUUAUUCUCCCCAGUGAACAUCAUUGUUGCCACUUUAAUGCUCUCCCUGGGGACCAAGAAUAGCACCCACAGCCAGAUCCUGGAAGGACUGAAGUUCAACCUCACAGAAAUACCCAAGAACUACAUUCACGAAUGCAUCAAGAAACUCCUCUCUAUCCUCCGUCUGCCAGACCACAGGUCCCCGCUGACUAUAGACAGCAGCCUAUUCACUGACCAGAGUCUGAAGCUGGUGGACAAGUUUGUGAAGGAUGUCAAGGGGCUGUACUACUCAAAAGUCAUUGCUGUCAACUUCACGGACACCCAACGGGCCCAAAAACAAAUCAACGACUACGUGGCAGAUGAAACCCAAGGGAAAAUAGUGGGAUUGGUCAAGGAUCUGGAGAAAGACACAACGUUUGCCUUGAUGAACUACAUCUUCUUCCAAGGUAAGGAAUGGGAAAAAAAUCCAUUCGAUGUGGAACACACCUUAGAGGCAGACUUCCAUGUGAGCAAGGACACGACCAUCAAGGUGCCCAUGAUCAAUUGCCGGAGUAGAUUUUUCUUGCACCGCGAAGAAGAACUGUCCAGCUGGGUGCUGGUAAAACAUUACAUGGGGGAUGCCACUGCCUUCUUCAUGCUGCCCGACCAAGGGGAGAUGCAGAAACUAGAGAAAGCCUUGAAUGAGACUCACUUCAUAAACAUCUUAAAGCUCAUUGACUUAAGGACUGUAAAUCUGUACUUUCCCAAACUGUCCAUAUCCACAACCUAUGACCUGAAGACCAUCCUGAGCACCCUGGGCAUCACCCAGGUCUUCAGCAAUGAGGCUGACUUCUCAGGGAUCACGCCGGACGCUCCCCUGAAGCUCAGCAAGGCUGUGCAAAAGACCGUACUGACCUUCAAUAACGAAGUGACAAAAACUGCCAGGAACAGUAGCUUGAGUAAGAUGGCCUUGUCUAAGGUCCCCGUCAUCCGUUUCAACAGGCCCUUCAUAGUUAUCGUUAAAGAUGAAUACACCAGUGUCCCCCUCUUUGUGGGGAAAGUGACAAAUCCCACCGAAAAUAGUUGA